CACGGCCACGUCCCGCCGCGACAGGGGGCGGAGCGGUGCGUGAGCGGCGGGCGCGCGCAGGCUCCGCCACUGAACCCCGAGCCUCCUGUGCCGACCGGGGUCCGCGCCGGGCAGCUUGCUGAGCCUGGAGCACUCGGGCCCAGCCGGCACUGGAUGCCAUGAAUUGCUAAGAAGGGAGCCCAACCUUUCAGUUGCCUUGAGGGGCGCUGCGCUGGGGGGUCUGGCGCCAUGUCGGACCUGCUGCUGUUGGGCCUGAUCGGGGGCCUGACUCUGCUGCUGCUGCUGACACUGCUGGCCUUCACCACAUACUCGGGGCUGCUGGCUGGGGUGACAGUGAGUGCCGGCUCACCUCCCAUCCGCAACGUGACCAUGGCCUACAAGUUCCACGUGGGACCCUAUGCUGAGACCGGACAGCUCUUCAACCAGAGCUAUAACAUCUCACCCAAACUCCGCUGCAUCGCCAUCUACUAUGACAAUCCCCAUGUGGUGCCAUCUGAGAAGUGCCGCUGUGCAGUGGGUAGCAUCCUGAGCGAAGGUGAGGAAUCGCCUUCUCCCGAGCUCAUCCACCUCUACCAGAAGUUGGGCUUCAAGCUGUUCUCCUUCCCGGCUCCCAGCCACGUGGUGACGGCCAUCUUCCCCUAUACCACUGCCCUGUCUAUCUGGCUGGCUGCCCGUCGUGUCCAUCCUGCCUUGGAUGCCUACAUCAAGGAGCGGAAGUUGUGUGCCCACCCUCGGUUAGAGAUCUAUCAGCAAGACCAGAUCCAUUUCAUGUGCCCGCUGGCACGACAGGGAGACUUCUAUGUGCCUGAGGUUAAGGAGACAGAACGGAAAAGCCGGGGGCUGGUGGAGUCCAGCGAUGCCCAGGUGGAUGGCACAGGAGCAGACACGAUGAGUGACACGAGUUCUGUAAGCCUGGAGGUGCAGCCCAGCAGCCGCGAGGCUUCCACCGUGUUGCCCGGGGCCCGCAGCAGCCACAGUGGUGGUGGUGUCUGGGAUGACGGCGGCGACACCCGCAGUGAGCACAGCUACAGCGAGUCAGGUGCCAGUGGCUCAUCCUUUGAGGAGCUGGAUCUGGAAGGCGAGGGGGCUUUGGGGGAGCCUCGGCUGGACCCGGAGGUGAAGCCUGUGGGGGCCACGUCCGGAACCCAGUACCCCUGAGAAGGGCCAAGAGCAACCUGCAGGCUGCACCCUCCCUAGGUGUGGUUGCCAAAGAACUGAACAGGCUCUCCAGCCAGCACUGGGGGUGCCUGGGGGAACUGAUACCCCACAACCCUAGGUUUCUAGCUAAGCCUUCUCCUCAUUGCCUUCUCUGGUUCGCUAGGGCCAGAGGAGCCAGGGACUAUUAGCAGCACCAACCCCUGGGGCUGUUGCCCCUGUUACCUUUUUUCAAGACUCAUCAUUGGAGCUUCCAGAACCCAGAAUAAAACAAAUGACUUUCUCGUUUCACCUGGA